UCUGUUCAUUCAUCAGAUUCUGUCCAGCGACGCAUAACAACAAUCUACGCGAAGUCUUUAGGGCUGAUGUGUCCAGUAUGAAACUUGUAGGUGUCGGCGCGUGCUAUCUGGACACCAUCUUGAGCGUACCGUAUUACCCAUCCGAGGACGAGAAACUCAGAGCCACCACCAUUGCUCACCGUCGUGGGGGCAAUGUACCAAAUGCAUUGGAGGUCCUGCAGCAGCUGCCCAAACCAGAUCAUAAAAAUGAUCACUCACUCAUCCUCUGCUCCGUCCUCCCGUCAGUCUCAUCCGUGGGUGUACAAGAGAUCAAGAAGUCGUUCGGUCCCAACGUAGAUUUGUCGCAUUGCCUACACCGAGAACAAUGCCCGGAGCCCGCAUCCAGCUACAUCAUCAAGAGUUGUUCCAUCGACAGCAGAACGAUCGUCAAUUAUAAUGACUUACCUGAGAUGACGCUUGCAGAAUUCACAACCGUCGUCGGGAACAUCGGAAAAGAAGCCAGUUGGUACCACUUUGAAGGUAGGAACCCGGAUGUCACCCUCCAGUGUAUGCAGUACCUUCGUCGGGCCUAUUCAAAUGUCACCAUAAGCGUGGAGAUCGAGAAGCCUGGACGCAUUGGUCUGGAGGAGAUGGCUGCAGAGGCUGACGUGGUCUUCUACUCCAAGAGCUGGGCCUUUGAACGUGGGUAUCAGGACGCUGCUUCUUGCCUGAAAGCACAAGCAGAUGUUGCUAUACGAGCGACUUUCCUAUUCUGCACAUGGGGUGAGGACGGAUCCGCGGCUUUUGACAUCAAAGAACAAGAGCUUCAUCUUCAGCAUGCAUUUCCAGCCGUAUCGCCAGGAGUCGUUGAUCCCAUAGGAGCGGGUGACACAUUCAUCGCGGGGAUCCUGUACGGGCUUCUUUGGCACAGCGAUGACUGGGACAUGGUGCGGAAGCUCGCGUUUGCAAAUGAGCUCGCCAGUCGUAAGGUCUGCCGCAAGGGCUUUGGAGGUUUGGGCAGUACCAUGCGUACUUUUGGGUUCAACCCACCUUGAUCGAGAUCCAGUGCAUCGGUACGAUCGCUCUAUCAUACGACGUCCUUGAACGGACACUAUGAUCAGACUCGAUGGUCUAAAGUUGUCCGGA